AUGGGAUACGUCUCUGACAGCUUUCGCGAGCUUGGGCGGUCCACAAUUCUCAGCGUGCAACUCUCCAACGCACUGAUUGGCAUCAGUGCGGGCGUGGAGGUGCCCCUCAUCACUAUGGUGGGCCGCAAGCUCGCGUACGAUGAAAAAAACAUCGCUGGCUACGUCACGCUAACCGCCGUUUUCCGCGUGCUCGCGGAUAUUCCUAGUGGAAUGCUCACGGAGUGCUUCGAUAUGCGUCGGCUCAUGAUGGGGGCUGCUUUUUCUCAGGCUAUUGGCUGUGCCGUUGCGCUGGUGCUGAAACCAGGCCCGUUCCCGCUUGGCGUCUUCGCUGUAAUGGACGGCGUCUCCGUUGGGGCCUACUUUCUGACGCGCCACAUCUACGUCAGCAGUAAGGCGAAGCGAGCACACCGUGGCAUCGUCUUCUCUUUCCUUGCGGGCGUGCUGCGCUGGUCCCACGUGGUGGGGCCACUGCUGCUCGGCGCCGCAGCCAUCAUGUGGGACGACGAACAGUUUUACUUUCUCGUGCCCCUCCUUACCUCUUUAUUGGCCGGGCUGUGCAUUCUGCUGGACGGCUGCUUCUGCCAGUCACACGUCGGGGGUGACGCCCACGAGCGGCAGGCGGUGAAGGAAGCGGUGACGGCGGAGGAGGCAAGGCGGCUCCUGCCCGUCGCAAACGGGGCAACCACGACACGCGUGAGGGUGGAAUGUAAUGGAGAUCCGGUGGCGGAGCCGUCGUACGCGGGGACCGCCGUGGCGUGUGGUAAAGCUGCCUGCGGCAGAGGUGGCAGCCUCUCCACGCCCGGGCCUGCGCCACCCCCACAGGAGGCUGGCUGCGGUCAACCCAGGGCACAUGCGGACUUUGGGGUGUGGGCGCUUUGCACCGUCAUCGUGGAAUUCUGGUCCACAAUCUGGCGACUUGGGGGAUACAUACUCCUGUACGUUUCACUUCGGGCGAACCGAAAGCUACUGCUGACGUUUGCCGCAAUGCGCAUGAACUUUACCAACUCCGAGCUUGCGUUUCUGCUCUCGUUUAGCUUUGCCUUUGACGCCCUUCUUUUCCCGCUGGGCGGGAUUAUACUGGACGUCUACGGCCAUCGCUGGUCCAUGGUCGCAGCCGUCCUCGGCCUCGGCGUCAACUUCAUGCUGCUGCCGCUGGUGCAGUCCCCAUUGUGGUUGUACGCCAUGGCGGCCGCCUUCGGCUCGGCAGAUGCGCUUGGGUGCGGCCUUCUUCUGACGCUUAUUGCGGAUUCUGCGCCAGUGAAGCUUGGCGGCACCUUCUUUGGUGUGAUGCGCACCGUGCAGGACAUGGGGCACGUGCUUGGGGCGAUGGUGGUCUCGGUGAUCAUCAACCAGGUGGACUUCGUCGUCUGCUGCUACGUUUGGUGGGGGGCGAGUGUCCUGGCCGCGCUGUGGGCGUGGUUCAUUUCCCCGGCGACCAUCCGUUGA